CGAGCUGUAGCUCUGCGGAGCGGGGGAAUGGGAACAGUGUGACACACCACCAAACAGUAGCCGUAACAAUGUGAAAAGAAGCGUUCUUUGACAGCGGUGUGAGGAAGUCAACCAAGAUGGUCGCCCGCCGUGUUCCACUAGUCUUGCUAGCCUGCGGCUCCUUUAAUCCCAUCACCAACCAGCACAUGAGGCUGUUUGAGCUGGCCAGAGACCACAUGCACAGCACAGGCCAGUACCAGGUGGUGGGUGGCAUCGUGUCUCCAGUGAGUGACGGCUAUGGAAAGCAAGGCCUGGUACUGGCUAAGCACCGAAUUGCAAUGGCAAAGCUGGCGCUCCAGAGCUCCAACUGGGUCACGGUUGAUGAAUGGGAGAGCCAGCAGCCAGACUGGACGGAGACUGUGGUCACCAUGAGGUAUCAUUAUGGGCGGAUUCUGAAGGAGUACGAACAAAGCACAGGGACGCACAAUGAAUCCAGUGGAAACACCCCUCCCCUGUCAAGCCCCCGUCCCCAGUUGAAGCUCCUGUGUGGAGCUGAUUUCCUCAACACUUUCAAGAUCCCUGGCAUGUGGCUGGACGACCACGUGGAGGAGGUGGCCGGACGUUUUGGCCUUGUCUGCAUCAGUCGAGGGGAGCUUCAGCCCGAGCGAGCCGUGAAUGAAUCGGACAUGCUCUCACACCACCUGCAAAACAUUUUCUUCGUAAAGGAAUGGGUGAGGAAUGAGACAAGCGCCACCGAGGUGCGUCGGGCUCUGAGACGGAAUCACAGUGUGAAAUAUCUGAUCCCAGACUCUGUGAUAGAAUAUAUUCACCAGCACAACCUCUACACAGAGGACAGCGAGAGGAAAAAUGAGGGCACAGUGCUGAGGCCGCUCACCAAACAGGCACAACAGCCAGUGAAGAGUCUUGAUGACUAUGUAAACGUUGCCAUCAGGAAAAUUGCCACCCUGCUGAAGCCUGACAAGGACAUCACCCACGAUGGGGACCACAUAAUCAUCAAAACCCUCAGCACCUUCAAAAACUACAACAUGGACUUCCAUGUGGGUAAAGAGUUUGAGGAGGAUCUGUCUGGAGUGGACGACAGGAAGUGCAUGACCACCAUCACCUGGGAGGGAGACAAGCUGGUGUGCGUGCAGAAGGGAGAGAUUGAAGGAAGAGGCUGGACCCACUGGGUGGAUGGUGAUGAGCUUCAUCUGGAGCUGAGAGCUGCGGGAGUUGUUAGCAAGAGGACGCCCUGCACCUUCCCCCUCUAUACACUGUCUAAAGUCUACACACCAGCUGCCAACAUGCCUGCAGACUUCAGUGGGAAGUGGAUACUGGAAACCAAUGAUAAAUUUGAGGAGUAUUUGAAAGUGUUGGAUAUUGACUUUGCCACAAGGAAAAUUGCCAUCUCGCUGUCUCAGACCAAAGUGGUAUCCCAAAAUGGAGACAAGUUUGAAUUCAAAACGCUGAGCACCUUCAGGAAUUAUGAGCUCUCCUUCACUGUAGGGGUUGAGUUUGAUGAGUACACCAAAGGACUCGACAGCAGAAACAUCAAGUGUCUGGUGACCUGGGAGGGGGACAAGCUGGUGUGCACUCAGAAAGGAGAGAAGGCAAACCGUGGCUGGAAACACUGGAUCGAAGGAGGCAAACUCUACCUGGAGCUGACAUGUGAAGAUGUAGUUUGUGUUCAGGUGUUCAAGAGGAAAGAAUAAAAGGCAAAUAUCUGUUUUAGGUUUUCAUUCCCUCAGUAAAGUAUUUGUUUGCUCCUUAAUAACAUGUUUUCCUACAUAUGAACAAAACAAAUAAAGGUGCUUUUCAGACAUA